UUCUCUUUUCGGGCAUUGUCUGGAAACCAAGUCUGCUUCUUCAAAACCCAUUUAGAAUGUGUAUAAAAGCAAGGAGAAAAAUAUAAACAAAUUUCAGUGCUUUGCAGAUUGACGAACGAUUCAUUCGAGAAACCCUAAAAUGAUUAAGGAGCUACUAGUAUUCAGUGCAUUGGUGGCCUUAUGCGUAAGUUUUCCCGCAGUUGAACAAAUCGUAGCUGUGGUGCCUGAGGUAAAAGGCAGUGCUGUUGUUGUGCAGGCCGAAACCGGCGAUGCUUCGGAUGAACUAGAAACGGCUGAGACCGCUCAUCGUGGAUACCAUCGCCACCACCAUCAUCAUCAUCACGGGUACGGUGGCUAUCGGGGAGGAUAUGGCUACGGAGGUGGUUAUGGAGGAGGAUAUGGAGGUGGAUUUGGUCCCGGACUUGGUGGUGGAUUGGGUGUUGGAGUUGGUGUGGCGGUUGGAGUCGGUGCAGGCGGAUUUAUCGGGAAGUAGUAUAUCAGCAAUGUGAAACCUUUCAUGAGUGUGUAUCAUUAACAACAGUUUGUAUCACAUUUCCAUUCAAAGAUACCGCGGAAAGCUUCCUCUUCGUUGAAUCAAGUACAAGUAGAGACAAGUGAAUGCGUCGUUCCCACAACCGUAUCAGCUAAUCCAACAUCAUUAAUCUUUGUGCAUACAAACCGCAAAAUGAUUCACCUAGCAGUGAUGCAAAUGUCUUUUCGUAUAUCAGUGCGAGAGUGGCUGUUGAUGACGCAUAUCAGCUGCGACAAAUAAAACAUUACCCUACCAAUUUGUUUAAAAUUACUUCACUUUGCUGAUAUAUCCGGCAAGAAAUAGUGACAAUAAACUGGGUACGUGUUGGUGGUGAAGUAAGUGCAGCUAGAGUGCGCAUUUUCAAAUUAUUAUCGCAAUCAAUCAGAUGCAAAAGCGACCCAAGGUUCGCUUCAAUGCAUCUUUUUACGAGUGCCGGUUUAAAGAUGCAAUUUUGUCCUAGUUGGGAGUUUAAGUGCAGAUGGCAUCCAUUAAUACCCCCGGUGCUAUGCUCAAGGUGAUAGUGACAGAACGGCAUAAUUCUGUCAUAUAAACAAACGUGCCCGGUGCGAACAUCAUCGGAAUCGAUAAUUAAUAUGUUAGUAUGAUUUGUUAGAACUGGUUCCAUGGCAUAAGCUAGUUGGUAUGCGAAUAGAGGCAAUAAAUUUUAGCUUCAGAGCUGUUGAAUACUCACCGGUGGUGGUCGGAAUUGUGGGUGGGACUACUGCGCAGUCACUGGUAGCACUGAGUUUAACACUUUCUGUUCUUGGCUUGCGACAUAAAUAAUAAUAAUAGUUAAUUUACUUGCAAGUGCAAUUAACCCAACAAUUAGCAAUGUUUAAAAUGAUUUAGAAGAGGCGUACAUAAUAAAAUUGACUAAGUUCGAUGUAUCUCAUUUUUAAUGUACGCUAUAACAAACGAGUAAAUUCCUAUCUGAAGUAAUUGGGAAUAGUAAUGUCUAGCAUU